UUCGCGCUCCGCCCGGAGUCGUCCUCAUCGUUCCCACCCUCGAUCCCUACCAAACUCCCUUUGCGCAUCAAAAUUAAAUAGAAAUGCGAAGCCGAAGAUAAACUUAAUAAAUAAAAAUUAAUAAUGGUAGUAACAUGAUAAUAUCACAAGGAAGGAGAAGAAGAACCUCAAAAAUAAAAAAAAAAAAACCUAUCUCCUGCUCGAUCCCUGCUUCGCCGAUCGGUUUAUCGUAAGGGGUUCGCAAUCUGAGCAUGGUUUCAGAGUCUGAGCAAUCUUCAUCGAUGGCUAAUGGAGAAAUUGUUGCUGAGAGACCGGCUGGGAGGUUGUCUGUCCCCAGCAAAAAAUCCCAGGCACAAGUUCCAAAGAAAAUUCAUAAAGCUGAAAGAGAGAAACUUAAGCGUGACCAGCUAAAUGAUCUCUUCUCUAAACUGGAUAAAAUGCUAGAACCUGAUCGACAAAACAAUGGCAAGGCAUGCAUAUUGAGUGAUACUACUCGAAUAGUGCGUGACCUCAUUGCUCAAGUAGAAUCCCUCAGAAAAGAAAAUGCUGCUCUGCAAACCGAGUCGCACUAUGUCACCACAGAAAAGAACGAGCUGAGGGACGAGAACGCCGUGCUCCAAGCCCAAAUAUCCGACCUCCAAUGCGAGGUUAGGGCGAGGAUGGGGUACAAUGGAGUUUGGACCAAUCCCCCAAAUGUAAAUACAAUCAAUGCGCUGCAUCCGACGACAAACCCCAUGCUUCAGCAACCGCCUGUCAUCGAGCGAGCUUUUACCACACCACCACGAGAACUCCAGCUGUUCCCCGGGGCAGCGGGAUCACCGGAUCACGAAUCACCGUCCCCGCGUGUUAGGAGACCGCAUGCGAGCUACGCGACACCAUCCAACACCUGGACGGAGCGGCUUCUCCCAGGCCUCAGAAGAGAAGCACAGGAAGAGGAACAGCAACAGAGUAGCAGCGGGAUCACAGAGAGCAGUAGGGAAGAUAGGGUUGGUUAGUAGUGCUUGAGCUAGGGGUGGUGGUGGUUGGCUUGUAAAUGAUUAGGUGUUCAUGAGUAAAUUGUUAUUUUGCUGGUUCUGCUAACUAAUGUUAACGUAGAUAUAUGUUCAGUUACACAUGCUCUUGUAAUGCUUCACAAUUAUUUUAGUUGUUGCAACUAAAUCCUUGAGAAAGGAACGAUUAAUAUAACAGAUGAUGAAAAAAGGAUAAUGCCAAAUUCAUUCUAA